AUGCCUACCACAGUAGCUAUCGCUGGGCUGACGGGAAAAUUUGCGCAGUGUAUAGCCAGCUCGCUGCAGGCGUAUCCUGAUGUAUUUAUUCGAGGCUACUGUCGGAGUCCGCAGAAGCUGCCGCAUUCUCUUCUGCUGGUAAGGAAUAUCAAGGUAAUCAAAGACGAAAUCGAUGACAGGGUUGCCGCGCGUUUGUUUGUUAAGGAAGCUAACGUAGUUAUUUGCUGUUAUUUCGGCAGCUCGGCUGUGAUGGUACAGGGACAGAAGAUUCUGAUAGAUGCUUGUGAAGAAUUAAAUGUCCCUCGGAAAUAUCUAGCCUCGAAAGGAACUGUUGCAGGAGUCCAUAUCCUAACAGGUGGUUUGAUGGAGACCUUCUGGAGCGAGUUCUUUGGAUGUUGGGAUUGCACUAGUCGUUCACUCUCUUUCUGGGGCACAGGUGAGGAGACAUGGGAUUUAAUAAUCUACGAGACCGCAGCUGCUUACACCGCGGCGGUGGCAUUGGACAAAAGUGCAGUUGGAGUUCUGAGAUUCCGGGGUGACUGCAAAACUAUCCUUGAGAUCAAAGACUGCUUUGAGAAAGUCUAUACUGUCCCAUUUAAUCUUCCUGAAGCCCAGUUGGGUGAUAUACUGGAUAAUGAUUGUUACGAGAGUGUACAAGCUACGGACCUGAGAGCAUUUUUCUUAUCUCACGCUGUAGAUGAACUUCAUUGUGCGGAUCAAGAGCUCGGAUAUAGAAAUUAG